GAACCUUCUCACUGUAACUCAGCUGAACUCACAUCUCCUGCCAACAUGCCCUACAGCUGCUGUUCUGGAAACUUCUCCUCCCGCUCCCUUGGGGGCUACCUGCGCUACCCAAGCUUCUCCUGUGGCUCUUCCUACCCCAGCAACCUGGUCUACCGCACUGACCUCUGCUCUCCCAGCACCUGCCAGCUGGGCUCCUCCCUCUACAGAGGCUGUCAGGAGACCUGCUGUGAGCCCACCAGCUGCCGGACGUCCUGCGUGGUGUCCAGCCCCUGCCAGACGUCCUGCUCCCUCCAGAGGACCUCCACGUUCUGCAGUCCCUGCUGGACUGCUUACCCUGGGUCUGUGGACUGUGGAUCCAGAAGCUGCCAUUCCCUGGGCUGUGGAUCCAGAAGCUGCUACUCUCUGGGCUGUGGAUCCAGUGGCUUCAGACCCCUGGGUUAUGGAGUCUGUGGUUUCCCUUCCCUGAGCUAUGGAUCCAGUUUCUGCCGCCCAACCUACUUCUCCUCCAGGAGCUGUCAGUCAUCAUGUUACAGACCAACCUGUGGAUCUGGAUUCUAUACAUCCACUUGUUAA